UGUAUAUUUCUAGUAAUACUGUACUAUAUAUAUACAUAUAUAAAUAAUUACCUGUGAUGUGAUGUGAUGUGAUGUGCAUGCGGUUCUUCCUCCCAAACCCAAUCAAAACCCUCAUCGCCGCCACGUCAUCACCACCAUCGUCGUUUCGCCUUCUCAGCUCGCUCAGAUCCUGCCGCUUCGACUCGGCCUUAACGCGCAACCACACUACUCUUAGAUCCCCAAUCGGAAGGAGAAUGACAUCGAUCGCCGCCUCCGUCAACAACGAAUCGGGACUCGCACGGCGCUUCUGGAUCAAGUUCACGCGCGAGUCCGUCUUCGCCAUGUACACGCCAUUCGUCAUCGCCUUGGCCUCCGGCAACCUCCACAUAGAUUCCUUCCGCCAUUACAUCGCACAAGAUGUUCACUUCCUACGCGCUUUUGCUCAAGCGUACGAGUUAGCUGAAGAUUGUGCUGAUGAUGACGAUGCAAAGGCUGGAAUCUCUGAGUUGAGGAAGGCAGUUUUAGAGGAGCUGAAGAUGCAUAAUUCACUGGUACAGGAGUGGGGAUUGGACCUUGCAAAAGAGAACAAUAUUAAUUCUGCAACGGUAAAAUACACACAAUUCCUGUUAGCCACAGCCUCUGGGAAGAUUGAAGGACUAAAAGGUGCUGGUAAACUCGCAACACCAUUUGAGAAAACAAAAAUUGCUGCUUACACUUUAGGUGCGAUGACUCCUUGCAUGAGACUUUAUGCUUUUCUGGGUAAGAAGUUCCAGGAGCUUCUAGAUUCCGAUGAAAGUACUCACCCAUAUAAGAAGUGGAUUGACAACUAUGCUUCUGAUGGUUUCCAGGCUUCUGCUCUGCAAACUGAAGAUUUGCUUGACAAACUAAGUGUCUCUUUGACUGGGGAAGAACUUGAUGUAAUUGAAAAGCUUUAUUACCAAGCAAUGAAGCUUGAAAUUGACUUCUUCUCUGCUCAGCCACUUUUUCAGCCAACUAUAUUGCCCUUGACUAAAGGACAUAACCCUACCAGAGAUCAUCUUGUGAUUUUUAGCGAUUUUGAUUUGACAUGCACUGUUGUUGAUUCAUCUGCCAUCUUGGCAGAAAUUGCAAUAGUGACAGCACCAAAAUCUGAUCAGAAUCAGACUGAAGAUCAAAUGGUUCGGUUGUCAUCUUCUGAUCUCAGGAAUACAUGGGGUUUCCUAUCCAAACAAUAUACAGAGGAGUAUGAGCAAUGUAUAGAGCUCAUUAUGCCUGCAAAUAAAUUGGAUAAUUUUGACUAUAAAGAACUGUCUACAGCACUUGAGCAACUUUCAAAAUUUGAGAACACAGCAAAUAAUAGGGUUAUUGAGUCAGGGGUACUCAAAGGCAUAAAUCUAGAAGACAUAAAGCGUGCUGGAGAGCGUCUGAUCCUUCAAGAUGGAUGCUCCAACUUUUUUCAGAGAAUUGUUAAGAAUGAAAAUUUGAAUGCCAAGGUGCAUGUUCUCUCCUACUGCUGGUGUGGAGACCUCAUUAGAUCUGCUUUCUCCUCAGCUGAUUUAAAGGAGUUGGAUGUCCAUGCAAAUGAAUUCACUUAUGAGGGAUCUGUUUCCUCGGGUGAAAUUCUUAAGAAGGUGGAGUCUCCCAUUGACAAAGUCCAAGCUUUUCGCGAUAUAUUGAAGAAUUCCAAUGAUGACAAAAAGAAAUUAACUGUUUAUAUUGGAGACUCGGUGGGUGAUUUACUUUGUCUACUUGAAGCAGAUAUAGGAAUCGUUAUUGGUUCAAGUUCAAGCCUUAGGAGCGUAGGGGCACAAUUCGGUGUUACAUUUGUCCCAUUGUUUUCUGGGUUGGUUAAGAAACAGAAAGAAUACAAUGAAGAAAGCUGUUCUAAUUGGAAGGGUUUAUCUGGCAUUCUUUAUACAGUUUCUAGUUGGGCUGAAGUGCAUGCUUUUAUUUUGGGUUGUUAGUAUUGUGUCUUGCACACCUAAAUUCAUGCUAAACUAAAAAGAAAGGAACAUAUAUAAAUAUAUAGUGCAAUACAGAAUAUACAAGCAGGUGGCUAAUUUUAUUAGGGGCCACAGAUUUUCUGCUGUCUCUCUUGCUUCUCUUACAGGCCGUUGCAAUUCAGAGAUAUGGUAUCAGUCUGAUUAAAUGUUCUAUGGAUGUGCUGUAACCAGGGUAUCUGUAGUAUUCUGGAAUGUGCUCAAGGUUUUUCUUUGAAAUUUCUGUGAUCAUGGCUAUUGAUACCUUUUUUCCCUCCCUUAAAUGUUGUCAGGUAUGAGAAAUUUCAGACAGCAAUAAUCAAAUGCUUGUUAGAUCAGGAUAACAAUUCAGACUGUGAAGUCUUGUACUGGUAUUUUAGUAGGUUAUUGCUGUUCCAUUUUUUAAAGAAUUUGGCAGAGAUCCUGUGUAUUUUCAGUUUACUCAAUGGUCAUUUAUGAAUGCAGAUGCCGAAGUGAUGUGCAUCUUUGUA